AUGCCGGUCACUCUCGCUUUACCAACGUGCACUCCCCGCCCCCGGGGCCUCCUUUUGCAAGAGGCACGUCAAUCACGAGGGAAAAGAGGCGUGAGUCAUGUGACGCCGUUCGAACGCCGGCCGGUAGACCCGCGGAAACAAAAACGACGCGUCGGAGAGACUGCUGAGAAUACAAUCGGUUUAAGUCAGCAGGACGGCCUAAAAAUGCCUAACCAAGAUCCUAUGGAAACAUCUUCCCUGUUCGCCUUAAGUGAAAUCAGGCAACGGAUGAAAGAGAAGAAAAAUGGUGCCCUAAAGACCACGAAGAUGAAUGCGUCCAUUGCAGCAAAAAUAAGAACAAAAGCAAUAAAUAACUCCUCUAUCAUUAAGGUCACCCUAAAACAGAACAACAAAGCCCUGGCGUUGGCCCUCAACGUGGCCAAGAGAGAGGCCCAAAAGCUCACCAAAGAAAAGAUGUUGCUGCAGAAAGAAGUGAAGCUGGGAGACUUUGAAAAAGCUCGUCUGCGUCAAAAGCUCUCGGCCGUGGCUAACUUUUUUGUUCGGAUGCGCCACAAACAUAAUGAAUAUAUCGAAGAACUUCAGCAGUUCAUGAACAGCCACUUGCAGGACAUAAUCGAGCCGGGCAGCCCUUCAGAGAGUACUUCCUGCUCUUUAUUACUGUCUGAUGGGAGACUCGGCACGGCUGAUACAACAGACAGUCCGGAUGAUGACAAUCGCCCUGUUCGAAUGGCACCCAAACCGAUGAGGAUUCCACUCUUUCUGGAUAACAAUGGCAAAUGUGAUAAGCGUACAGGCAAUGUUGCACCCGCGAGACAGUCAGUGCUUCCCUUGAAGAUACCUGCAUUGGACGUAGACGACCCUUUGAAGCGUGAGGCUGACCCUGCUGUGAAGAAGUCGUCUUCCACUUGUGUCAUUGAUGAGCCAUUGGCAAGCAAGGAAAGGAAUGGCCAACAUUCCAGUGAAGCGGAUGGCACUGCCUUGGCCCUUGACUUGGGUGCCAUUUUUGGAGGUGAUCCCUCAAGUAUACCACAAAGUUCCAGGAGUUGCUCACUUUCCAUGCCGAAUAACAACAAUCUUGGACAACAUACUGAGAUGACAAGAUCAUACAGUGAUCAGACGGUGGUCUCUCUCGGGCAUGUGACAGAGAGAAGGAAACGUACAACCGGCUUCUCCGCUUCGUUCAAAGACCUUUCUUGGAUGGAGCCAUCUGAUAAUGGGCCACUUGUGGGCCUGGAGCCGCCAAAGGAAAUGGAAUCUGCUGAAAGCAGUCAGCUGGGUGAGCUCGUAAUGUUAAAAGCCCCAAACGAAAGCCAUGAGAAGAUCAAAGCCAAUGAAGCCAAAGCUCUGAAAAAAAUAAGCAUGGGAACAACGGGCAGAGUCUCUUCUACCAGCAAGUCAAAAGGGCGCUUGGAUAAUUGUAAUAAAGGGGAGGUUCCAAACACAACACAGCCAAAAGCACAGGGCAGUAACCAAAUGAUUGUUUCAAAGUCCACUGAAGUCUCUGCCCAGGUGGAUCGUUUGGAGAAAGUCCAGCCACUGAACAGCUGUGGCCAGAAAGAACGCCAAAAUUCUCGAAGUCUUUAUACAACAGUUGGUCCUUCUACAAUCCAUGCAGCUUCUCCAUGCCGUAAUGUGGAGGUUGCGUCCCAGUGUUUUGGUAAAACUGAAGGCUGUGGAAAGAUGUCUGUGAUAGAUCUGGCUCUACCACAGACUGGUUGUGCUUCCUUAAUUCAGGAGCCUAAAAAUAAAGCUCCAGUGUUGAAAUCUGAUCCAUUAAGUCAGUCUCAAAGGCCAGAGUCUCUCUCUUUGUUGGGGAGCCCGCCACCUGCAUUCCCUGUUUUGUUAGAUGAUGCUUUUUCUGAUGGUGAAUGUAGAAAAUUUUGUAAAACUAUCCCCAAAAUUUGGGGGUUUUCAACUGUUCAGGAAUCAAGCAGUAGCUGCUUGGAGAAGACAUGUCGGGGCAUCAGGAGUCAAGUAACUGACUUAAUGAAGGAAGAUUCAAAGCCCAAGGCAAACAAGAAAACACAUGCUAAAAAAAAUGUGAUGGAUCUCACUACGGAUUUGCACUAUAUGGCUAAGGCUGCUAAAGGCCAAAAGAGCCCAGCAAGUUCUUGUGCGUUUCCAAAAAACUCUGCAGUCUUCAACACAAAUGAUGCUAAGCUGGUACCUUCAAGCAGACAAGAGAAGACCAUGCAAGAAGCUCCUGCUGAAUCUUCUCCCAACACAUCUCCUCACUUAAAUGAGAACAAAAUACUGAAAGAUUUGACCAAUGCUGCUCAGAGUUUAUGCCAUUCAACCUUUCUGGAAGAGCUUCCAAUACGUCGAGGUAAACGGGAAAGAAAGCCAGUUACCUAUGAAGAGCCCAAGCUCAACAGAAAACUAAGGCGUGGAGAUCCAUUUGCAAAUUCUGACUUCUUCAGCUGCCCGAUCUAUAAAACCAGAAAGAAGAAAAUGACUAAAUCUGAAGGCAUUUCAUAGGAAUGCAGCCUGGAUCCAAUUCCAUGAUCACUUAGGCAAGAAUAUUGGCAGUGGCGGCAGUGGCAACUUGGGAAAUGAGUUGGAAGCACGUCAAUUCCCCAGUUUUGCCUUGCCAUCUUUGACAAAGACCUGAAACGGGACUCUGAAUAAGAACCGGUCCACCCAUUAGAUGGCUUUGCCUUGUUGGAAUUCAUCAUAUUCCCUCCAAGCACCCUUGAGCUGGUUUUGAGAGUGGACUCCUUUGGACUGAAUGGACUUGAUAUAUCUA